AUGGCGGAUCCUUUCGAGGUCCGCAUGCGAUUCAGCUCGCAGCUGCAGCAUCUCAACGCAUCAGUUGCUUCGGCGCAAAAAGCAGCCCAAUAUGCGCUCAAAUACAAGGACAUGGAUGAGGACCUGCACUCAUGUAUCCUGGAGCAAGUAGAGCGGAACAACAUGAAUACACGUGCCAAUAUCAUGUAUUUUAUUGAGCACUUCCUCGACUUGGCUCAGCGGGACGGCCACUCGGAUUAUAUCCGCAUGAUGCAGCGUGAUAUCAUCAGAGUUGUCGAUGCUGUGGCCCCCGAUGAUGGCUCUGGAGCCGCCAAUGUCAAAGUCGUCCGCAAGGUUUUGAUAGGCCUUCAGAACAAGGGCUUUCUGGAAGACCAAGCGGUCACGCAGAUUGAGGACGUCAUCAAGGAACGCGACGCUCCCGCUUCCGAGUCAAAAUCUCGGCGGCGACCCGCGACCCAUGGCUUGGAUAAGCGUCAAGUAGAGCAGCGGAUCGAGGAGGAUCGAGAACGACACAAGCGCGAGCGAGAGAGGAUUUGGGCUGUCCCCAAGGGGGAGGACGCCGAGAUGAACAAACUGUGGGAGGAGACGAGCGACUUUGGCGAUGACGACGACCGCCUGCUAACCGAAGAGGGUGACGACUUCACCAAGGAGAUGGAGAUACAGCAGUGUCAUCACCAACCACCGACGAAUGGCAACGGCCAUUGA